CAAAAAAGUGCGAUUAAAUGUGGGGCAAAAAAAAAAAAAAAAAUAACGCCAUCGUAGAGGUAGCGCUCUUUUCUGGGGUUGCAUUUUUUUUUUUAUUUUCCCGAUCGCCCGACGGGUAACUUCAAAUCCGCGCAGAGAACGAUGAGCCAUUCCUUUUUAAGUGGCACGUAGAGAGCUCUCCAAAAGGUUGUAAACUUUUUUAAUCCUUUUUUGGGUCACUCCAACUUUUUUGCGUUACAGCCGAGCGAGCAGCGUUCGCAAAAGGGGAAUGCAUCGAAAGGAGUUAUCAAUCGGAACGGAUCAAUCGAAGUUAUAAAAAGAAACGCAUCCCACGUGACUCACCAUUUUAGCGUUCCAAAAAAAUACGGCAUUAAUUGGGAGAAACUGGUUUUUCCCCCUGCCGCAGAUAGCGCCUUCCAUUUCAGCUGCCCAUUUUGAAGGCAAAAAUUGGGAGGCCCCACCGCAGCAGGCAUAACAAAAGCAGCAAAUAGGGAGUAGCCCAUCUGGAGGCCAUCAAGUGGGAGAAGUACCUUUCCUCUUCUUCUCUCACGCCCGCAUCAAUUUGUGGGUUGAAAGGAAUCUAUUUGAGCCCUCUCCUCCGACGACCUUCGGGUACUGCGAAAAACGCAUCCCCACACAGUGGCCCACACUUAACGCAGAAAAACGAAACAAAAAUGUCGAGCUACAAAAAUGUAAUUCCGAAGAGGAGCUACCAGGAAAGGGGGCAGGCCAAAGAGAGGCUACACCUGGGGGAGCUGGAGAAAAAAGUGGACUAUGGAAAGAGGAGAGAAAUUUAUAAAAAAAAAAAAAAAAUUGAAAAUGUGCUGAAGGAAAAAAUUAUGAACAGAAACCCAGAUGAGUUCCACACGGGUAUGGUUCACUCGAGGGUAACAGAUGGUACCAACGAAUUGAAAAAAGAGGAGAAGGUGCUGAGGACAGACGUCGUGUUAAAAAACAAGAGGGACGGUCUGAAGGAGCAAACGAAUGCAUUGUAUAGAAAAUUAAAAAAAAUAAAUAAAGCGCUGGAAAAUUAUUACAUAAAUGUACCCCUGAGGUAUCUUUUUAAUAACUCGCAUGAGCUCUACAACGACAAGGAGGACACUACCACCACCUAUGUGCUGAAGGCGGAAAAGAAAAAACUGAAGAGCAGAGCUGCCGUUCUUCAGAGAAGGUACAGUUCGCUGCUUAACUUAAAGAAAAAUGUCUUGUCCCAAAUAAGAAAAAUCGAUAACAUGUAUGCAAAUACGUAUAAGCAUGUGGAUGGGUAUUGCAUCCUUAAGGGUGUUGGCGGUGCUCCCCAUCGGUUCUUUGCGCCACGCUUGAGAUAG